AUGGCCGACGUCGACGUCCCCAGCGACGUCUGGACGCCCGACGUUCCCGUGAUUAUUGCGGCCAACCGCCUCCCUGUCCGUCUCUUCAGAGCUCGAGAAGAAGAUAGCAACGACACGCAGUGGCAGGUCGAGUGGGCUGGCAACCGCAUGAUCGAGUCGCUGAACACGCUGUCGUACCAUGAGAUCCCUUCGGAGCGCGCCAGUAUCAAGUUCGUGGGCCGGAUAGCAGAAGUUGACGUCCCUCCGGACGAGCGUCAGCAGGUGGAACUGCUGCUACGAGACCUGAAUUGCUUCCCUGUCUUCCUCGAUACCGAAGAGGCCAAACUGUACUACGAAGGCUACUGCAAACAGACACUAUGGCCUACGUUCCACAAUGUUGUGGACGUCUAUAGCCCCGUAGAUGUCGUGCUGGACGUAGACGCGCAGCAGCAGCUGACCCCUGCAGCUCAAUCGUGGAAUCCUGGCUGGCAAAAAGGGGCGUGGCAAGCUUAUGCCAAUGUAAACCAGCAAUUCGCACACAAGAUAUGCGAGCUUUAUGAGCAGGGAGACGUCAUAUGGGUGCAGGACUACCACUUGUUGCUGACUCCGAGCUACAUUGUGAAGAAGGUGAGAGCAGCAAAUGUCGGACUCUUUUUGCAUGUGCCGUUCCCGUCCUCGGAGGUUUUCCGUACCUUGUCAAUGAGGAGAGAGCUCUUGCGAGGUAUGCUCAAUGCAGAUCACAUUGGGUUUCACUUGUAUGAGUACGCGCGGCAUUUCAUGUCGGCGUGUCGGCGGAUCUUAGGGCUGAGCUACAAACCGAUUUUACGAGGGCAGUUGGGGAUUGACUAUGGUGGUCGACGUGUCGCUGUGACGUGCAGUCACAUGGCGAUUGAUGCAAAGCGCAUUGAGGAGACUUUGGCGAGUAACGACGUACGCGACGCGGUGGUGGCACUGCGUCAGAAGUACCGCGACAAGAAGAUCUUUGCAGGCUGUGACAAUGUCGAACGUCUCAAAGGCAUCCCGUCCAAGAUGCUUGCGUUCGAUGGAUUUCUGUCACGAUGCCCGGACUUUGUAGGCAAAGCGGUGUUGGUGCAGAAGGGAAUUCGUAGACGCGGACGUGUGACGGAUUAUCUGCAGAGCAAAAAAGAGAUUGAACUGGCGGUUGGGGCAAUCAACGCUAAGUAUCGCGACGCUGCUGAGGGUAAUGUAGUGGACUAUGAAGAAGUUGACGAGUUUUCAUGCAAGGAGCGUGUAGCCCUGUGGCGCGUUGCGGAUGUGCAAAUCACGACUGUGCUGCGGGAUGGACUCAACACGACACCGUUCGAGUAUAUUGCCACGCACAAAAACUCGCCUGGCGUUGUGAUCACGAGUGAGUUUUCCGGUAGCAGUCGCCUCCUGAGCGGUGCACUGACAGUGAACCCAUGGCAAUUGGACCAAGUCAUCGACGCGCUCCGCAACGCUGUGUACAUGCCAAGGAACGAGCGUGAGCAUCGACGCAAUUGUGACUUCCACUUUGUGUCGGCGAACCCCCCGCGUCGCUGGGCCAGGUGCGUGCUCACAGACAUUGUGAAUGCACGGAAGAAGGAAGAGUCGUUUGUUUACAUGGGCACAGGCUUUGGUCUCGAUUUUCGUCUGAUAGAAGUCAGCUCGCGGUUCCGAAAACUGACGGACCAAGAAGUUGUACCAGGAUAUCGCUCGAGUAGAAAUCGCGCGAUCUUUCUGGACUACUACCGAACGUUGACUUCAGAUGUAUCAAAGCUGACGGGUGUUGGAUGGCCUGACGUACCACUAAGCGCUUUGGCUACACUUGAACAGUUGUGCAAAGAUCCUCGUAACACCGUGUUUAUCGUGAGUGGAUGCAAUUGCGAUCUCCUUACACAAAAGUUUGGUGGGGUACCAGGUUUGGGGCUCGUAGCCGAGCACGGGUAUUUUAUCCGGCCUGCCGUGCUAGGCAGCAAUGCUCGCAUUGGACGUCCAUGGGAAAGACAUGGCGACCUUUUGCAGGCAGAGGGAAGCCAUCAGCGGUGGCGCGCCAAGGCAGAAAAGGUCAUCCAGCUUUACGUAGAUCGAACGAAUGGGUCUACGCUGGAAAUGCGAAGAAGCGCCGUGCUGUUCCGCUACGGCAAGUCAGAUUUUGAUUUUGGCAUAUUGCAGGCAACUGAGCUGAAGGAACAUCUAGAGGGCGUUUUUGAGGGCUGGCCAUUGAACAUCAUUCAAGGAAAAGAUUACAUUGAGGUGCGGCCGGAAGGUCUAGGCAAGGGGGAGAUCGUCGAGCACCUGCUGAAGAAGAUGCGCGUGGAUGGAAAACCAGCAGAUUUUGUUCUGUGCAUCGGCGAUGAUGUGGCCGACGAGCUUAUGUUCGAUCAGGUCACAAAGAUGGUCACACACGAUGAGCUACCAAGAGACAAGGUGUUUACAUGCACGGUAGGUCAGAAGCCGUCUAAGGCUGAAUUCUUCAUCGACGACUACACCGACGUGAUCGCGCUUCUGAAGUCACUACAAGUAGUUGCUACGAAGUCCAACCGUAAUUACUCCUUGUCGGAUAUGCAAUCCUUCGUGCGGAACCCGCGUCCGUUUUUUCCGUCCCCAUCGCACGGGGUUCCAACGAAUGCGUUGUCCAAUUCAGUCGUGCGUAAAUCAUCCAGUCGCAUCAAUCUCCACAAACAUCUGACGCCUGUUCUGGAGGACCAAAUCGUGCCCACUGAUGUCAGUGGACAAAGCAAAGAUCGGGGUGCAUCUAUUUUUCGCCGGCGAAAGAAGAACAAGUGGCUGAAGCGCUUGCAACAACUUGGCGUGAUCGCCGUAUUUAUUGGCAUUCUGCGGUGGCGCAGCGCCAUGAAGAACGCUCAUGAGAAGAAGCUACUGACAUACUUUAUGGCUUCACUCGGUAUCGCGUGGUCUAUCCAUCGCGUGCGAUCAGAGUCACACAAGUGA